GAAAUCGUUCAUAUCGUUCUUUGGAAACUUCGCCAACCUAUCGGUCCUGCCAAAGCGGCUUUCGAGCAUCUCAAAUCCGUCCCUGGUGCUGAACUCAUGCAUCUCGGUCCCCCUUUGCUCGACGCUCGAGCUAAAGGCUUUGACUAUGGUCUAUAUUCCAUCUUCUCAUCUCAUGAAGCUUUACAGAAAUACGCCGUAUCGGAAGCGCACGUCUCUUGCGUGGAGAAACACAUCAAGCCCAAUGCAACCGAAGUGAUGGCCUAUGAUUUCGAGUUGGAAGAGUAA